CCAUCGAACACAUGGCGAAUAUAUAGCAGGAAGGGAUACAUCCCAGGGAUCUUGGGGCUUGGUGUAGUGCUCAUCCAUUUCUGCAGACCAAGGGCCUUGUGGGUGCUCUGGAUCCACCUGGUCGCUUGGGUGGUGCCAGUUCGAUGCUGGUACUCCUUGUUGGAGAACGACACGAUCUUCUCGUUGGCGCGCUGUGCCUUGGUCACCUUGACACCGUCUUGCUCCUGGAUGGAUGGUUGUCCGGGUGCUCGAAUGACAGCGGUGAAGAUCGAUCCCACACCAGGGUCGAUCCCGAUCCAUGUGGUUCGAGAGUCGUCAAUGGGACCGACCCUGGUCUGGAUCUUCUUCUCGGGAGUGAGCUUGGGUGUCUUGUCGUCCUUGUCCGUGGAUUCUGGUUUUACAUCGGGGUCCUUCUUCAGGAUCUUGUAUCUGAGUGUGGUGAUCGAGCACCCGACCCCAUCGGUGGUGAUCUCGCAGCCAAAGAGCUGCUUGCCCUCCUCCCUUGCUCCAAAGAGUCUCGACUCCAGCUUGAAGUUGGUCUGCCAGAAGAUCUCUUGUUUUGUGGUGUCGUUGACCUUGGUCUUCAGGUCAUCCCACUUGAGCCCAGUGCCAGUCUGGUAUCCAAGGAUCUCCCACAGUGCUUUGGUGUCGAGCUUGAUGUACUUGGCUCUGGCAUCACAGAGGGGAACCAAGGUGCACUGUGCUCGAGGGGCAUUGUGUCGCUUCUUGGUCUGGGCAAGUCGGUCGGUCAAUCGCUUUAUCCGUUUCAUGUUGAUGGUGAUCUGCUUGUCCACCUCCUCGUGCUGGGUCUGGAGAUCUUUGAGUCUGUCAGCCCCGAUGUGGUGGAUGGAACUGCUGGUCGGCAUGGUGGGCGAAGGAUUUUCUCAGAUCACCGAGGAGUGUCUUGGAGAGGGGAUUCUCCAUCAGCUUGACACAGUUGUCGACGUGUGUAUGACGUUUCACAUCCUUGGGAGCAAUCAGGGCCAGAUUGCAGAAUCGACGGAGGAGAGACCAAUACCGAUCGAGAACGUGGGUCUCACAGUUGACUGCAUAGGUCUUGACAGCCAAUGUGAGGACCUGUGA